GGCGGCACGAAAACCGACAUCGAUGCGCCUACCGGUUUUGCGUUUUCUUACCUAAGUGUGGGCACUGCGGUGCACGACCGGGGGUUACGCUUGACUCGUUUGAAAUCCAUGGCAGAGAUUCUUGCGCGCCGUGCAGCCAAGCCCUACCGCUCGAAAUGCACCCCGAGUCAGUUCUUCAUGGACUUCCAAGCUUUGGGAAACACAGCCGUCGCGGAGUCUGCUACUCACGCCGAUGCGGCCUUGCGCUACAUGUUGAAAAGUUACGGUGGCAAGAUAAUGCCGCGGUCCACUUUGGAGGACUGCAAGGCGGCAGCUCUGGCGCUGCGCGAACAGAAGAAUGAGCUGCAGCAGCAGGAGCAGCUCCGGAGUUGCUGCAGCGGGCCCCGGAGCGCCGAGGUCGCACGUUUGCGGGGAAAGAUUGUGGCGGCGAAAGUGCAGCUAGAGAAGUGCGCCGAACCUGGUGACUUCAGCGACUUAAUAGAAGCGGGACGAGCGGGGGAUCGAACCCUGGGCACCUCGUUCGACGCUGUAUCAUCGGCGGCAGCCGUGGGCCAGUACGCCAGGCAAACACAGUCAGAGCAUUCUCGCACUGGAGAGGGCCAUGUACAUGUUCGCAUCCAAGAAGAACAAAAAUUCAAGGACUUUACGCAGGCAGUUCGCAAUCUGCUGCACUAUUUGGCGGACCGGGAGGCGGAUCUAGACGCGAUUGUAGAGAGAUAUCCACUCGGCCGCGUUGUAUGGCACAGAAAGCUUCUUCGCAAAGAAUGCUGCUAGUUGGUCGCACAGUGGAAGCGAGGCGUUUUUGGCAUGAUUUUUCAAGCAGGCCGCGAGUUCUGUCUACUUCGUACUUUUCAUGGAAAGAACAUAAACACAUUGCCAAACUGAUGGCAUAGGAAGAACUACAAUUGCUGCAUUUUUGAUUCGAUAGCGCCAGGACCGGUUUCGACCUCUGCGUGGACCCGAGGUCGUAGCAUUUUAUGUGUAGACUUUUCUGUGCGAUAUCUUGAUUUGUUUGGCCAAAGAGGGAAAGCAAACAAGGAGCUGGCGGAUUUGUCGGUGAAGUUUCAUCGCCAAUUUAUGAAAAGCCUGCAGUUCCUCGAGAGCGAGACCGGCAGAACCACGACCGCUGCUGCGCCAGCCUCUACCGCCGAGACUCCGCAUCCGCAGCGCAGCAAGAUAGCUAAGAUUUUGAGCGAUAUGUUCGGCAGCUAUGCGAAGAAGCACAACCCGGAGAGGGCGCCCAGCACUAUGACUUGCGAAACGAAAGUGGACCAACUCCACAGAAGAGUCGCGACGAUACUCCAAGCGCUUUUCGUUGUGCGCUGGACGCUAACGGACGAAAACGGGCUGUCCUUGCUUGACGUGGAGAAAACCGUGGAGGCGCUGCGUGCAGUGGACCCUUCUGGCGUGGCACAGGCAGAAGCGGGCGUCGAGCGGCAAACGCGCGCUGAACGGAGCUCCAGGCCGUACUACGCGAGGGUGUUUCGACGCUACAGAGAAUCCUUGGUAUUACUACAACCGGUAGAACCUGGUGAAAUAUUAACGGGGAGCAGCAGCAGCCGCAGCAGCAGGGUGGAUCACCUUGGCCCGCUGUCUGAAGCAGAGGAAGAUAGGAUUCGGAAUUUCGUUCAGUCGUUGCGCUGUCCUACCGAAGAGCGGUUCCAGGCGGGGAUGGGAGCAUCGCAAGAAGAGGUUCUUGGUCGUAGCCGGAGGCAGUCCAGAGGCCCGGGUCGUCGAGGAAGGUCUCGAAGUCGUCACGCGACUGAUCAUCAUGCGCGCGCGCGCUCCGCGUCCGCGAGCUCGGUGGAUUCGAUGAGAACUAGAAGUGGUGGGCCGCGAUGAAUCGGUAGUAAAUGUAAGUAUGAUCAUCCUUCUUGAAACAGGAGAAAAGAAUAAGAGAUGUAGGAUUUCAAUUUCCCAAAGCGUUUCUCUGCAAUGUAGAGAUUUACUUCAUCUAGCUUGGCACGACAAGCAUACACAGAGGCGAAGCACAUCAUACUUUCGAACAAAGCCGCCCCUUUUCACUGUCAUCCCAACGAGAAUGAUAAAUUACUAGGACCCAGCCGAUGCACUUGAUUCAUCACGGGGGAAAUUGUAUUGAACGCACUUGAGUAAGACUAUGAUUAAAACAAGUACAAGAAAAAAAAGUAAAGAGAAGAAGCAUGAUGUAAAACUAGAAAAGGAGCAUGUCUUGAGCAGCGAUAUCCUUUCAAUCAACUACUUCUUGGGAUAUAAUUCCAAUCCAGGCACUGAUGUAAAAAUGAUCAAGAAGAUUCAAGGACAUUUUACUGCGACAGCGCCGAACAGCAACAGAAUAAGUACAUUCAUCACCUUGGAUGACUUAAUCCAACUAUGGCGCUGAGCAGAAAGCAUUUGCAGUGCAGAGAUUUAUUACUUCGUCAGGAGCUUACAACUAAGCCUACAUUGGGGAUCAAACGAAAUCAACUUUCAUAUAUUUAACCUUCAAUUAAGAUUAUUGUCAUUCGAAAAUGAAUGUAAAAGGUUUGUUAGCACGAGAAACUACAAAAACAAGAUGAAGAAAUCUUCGGAAUCUGACUACAACUUAGGGUCGGUUGGACGCUCUGAAGAAGGAGACGAAGCAGGUCGUUUUUGCAUAGGACAUAAUAUCGGAUGUUGUGGGUGCUACCAACACGCAAGCAUUCCGCCCCACAAUCUCCGUUGCACUCCGUUCCAUGCAGCGGCCGCCCUUAGUCUCAUCAACAAGCUGCGCAAUGAAUCUGAAUGUAUUUUUUUCAACGAAGCAGGCAAAACCAAAAGAUAAAGAAGAAGAACGGAAAGCUAUGAGACCGUAACGCGAAGCGUAUGUUAUUUGUUGCUCCACAAAAACGAAUUAGUAUUUCAGUUAUUUUUUUUGUAUAAUGUUGGUGGAAGAGCAAGAAAAAAAAAGCCAAGUGGAAGAGAAGUGAAGUACGGCAAGGGGUGGCUUUCUAUCGCAUCCAGGAUCAAACCUGGACUGUAGAAUGACACCGAAAUGUGGGAAGCACCAGGCUCGUGUGCACGUCCAAGAAAAAAUGGAAGAGAAUGAACAGAACGGCAGAAACUUUCACAGGACAAGC